UGGCUUGAGAUGGAUGGAUAACUUAUGGUUGGAAAUUAAACCGUUACCAACAGCCAAAUGAAGCUAUGAAAGCCUAUUUCUUCUUGCUCCCUCUCUACCAAUCUAUGCAAAACUAACACUAAGGUUGAUUCCUUCUCAAAUGGCUCUAAGGGUCCUCUCCUCCUCCUCCUCCUCCUCCUCCUGUUCUUCUCAGCCCAUUUUCUUGUCCCAGAGAAGCGCUAUUUCUGCAAUUCCUUCCGCCAUCGCCAUACCCAAUGGCGGAAACAAGGCCAUCUUGUUGAAAUCAUCCAUUUGGGGGCUCCCAAGUAGAGGAAGAGUAAAGGGCACCAAGAGAAUUUUCAAGAAUGGCAGCAAAGUGGCAUGCUUUGCGGCUGAGGCAUCAGCUGUUCCACAGGCACUGCUCUUUGACUGUGAUGGAGUGCUUGUUGACACUGAGAAAGAUGGCCACCGGAUUUCCUUCAAUGAUACCUUUGCUGAGAAGGAAUUGGGUGUAACUUGGGAUGUGGAUUUGUAUGGUGAAUUGCUCAAAAUUGGAGGCGGUAAAGAAAGGAUGACUGCUUACUUUAACAAAGUGGGUUGGCCAGAGAAUGCACCAAAGAGCGAUGAUGAAAGAAAAGAGUUUAUCAAAUCACUUCACAAACGCAAGACGGAUUUAUUCAUGGUCCUUAUCGAGAAAAAGUUGUUACCACUUCGGCCUGGUGUUGCAAAGCUGAUUGAUCAAGCUCUGGGAAAAGGAGUUAAAGUUGCUGUAUGCAGCACUUCGAAUGAGAAGGCGGUCUCUGCCAUAGUUUCAUGCUUGUUAGGACCCGAACGAGCAGAAAAGAUCCAGAUAUUUGCAGGAGAUGUGGUUCCUCGUAAGAAGCCUGAUCCGGCCAUCUAUCUGCUAGCAGCGGACACUUUGAGUGUUGAUCCUUCGAGGUGUGUGGUAGUAGAAGACAGUGCCAUCGGUCUUGCAGCUGCCAAAGCUGCUGGAAUGAAGUGCAUUGUGACAAAGAGCGGGUACACGGCAGAUGAGGAUUUCUUGAAUGCAGAUGCAGUUUUCGACUGCAUUGGAGACCCUCCAGAGGAACGAUUCGACUUGGCAUUCUGCGGAAGCCUUCUGGAAAAGCAGUAUGUUAGUUAAUAAGUGUUGUACUACUGUUACACUUCACCUUAUGGUGCUUAGUUAUGUGAAUUUUUUGUGCCAAAAAAAGAAGAUCUACUAAUGUUUUGCUGUUCAGCCAGUGCAUGAAAUAAUAAGAGCAGGAAAGUUGUAAUUUUGAAAUGUGCUUUGAGGUUA